AUGUCCAGAGCCGAAGCAGGAGUUGGAGGGAAGAAACGCCCGCGAGCCGAUCUCCUCUCGACGCUCGAUGCAGCGUUCGCGUCCACUGCGCAGGCUACAGAUUCCAAGUACACGGCACAAGCUGCCGCCCAGUCGGAUCUUCCCCCGAAACACAAGCAACAGGCUUAUCAGCACUUGAAACGGAAGCGGAAGGGCGACGACAAGCACGUUCACGAGGGAAAUGGUCGACGCAAAACACGGGGCCAAGACCAUGCAAAAAAGGAGACAGCAGCGAAGCAGGGGAAGAAGCAGACGGAAGCCGCGUAUGAAAAGAUGAGCACGGAGUUGCUGGCGAUUGGGUUGAAAGACUGCUCGUUGCAUCCGCAGGUUCAAACGCUGACGAAACCGCGCGUGUUGCACGAGACGCUGAAGCAGUACAUUGAGUCGGUGACGCGGGGCACGAAAGCCGACUCGAAUGCAGUCGCGAGUCUCAAGAACAAGGUCUUGUCACUCGACAAUCCAUUCAAGAAAAGUGCGGCGGCUGACAGCGCAGCGAAAAAAACCAUUGCUGCAGCGAGUCGCAUCCAGACUGCGAAAUUGCUCAGCGCCCGUCGACGUCGAGAGCUUGGGUUGCACUUGCUAAGUGGCGAGAUACAGUACAACGACGUCGAGCUGCUCAAGGAGAUCUGGACGCGGUAUGUGAGCCAGGCGAUUCAAAAUGAACUUAGUGAAGUCCAACACGUCACUGAGGAAGCGCAGCGCUCAAGGAAUGCAAAGCUGCACCUGAAACUCAAGUAUCUGGAUCUGUCAGGGUGUCCACUUGAAGUGGUGCAAUCCCGAAAUCCAUGCAACAUCGGUCUCCGAGGUAUCGUCGUCGCAGAGACACAGCAUACGGUGCAGCUCUGCUCUCCUGCACCUUCAAGCGACGACAAAAACCACCACGGCAGUCUCCGCACUCUCUUCAAGUCGGGCUCGUCCUUCCGAGUCCAUCUCAAUGCCACGCGCACCUUGAUCCUUGACAGCACGUGGUUUGCUGACCGUGCGGACGUUGUGAACCAGUAG